CUCUUCCUAUCUAGCAAACAAACUGCGACUGUACGAAGAUGUUUAAGGUUACGGUGAUCGUCGCGUUGCUGAUUGUCGCGGUCUCCGGGUUCCCGGCCAGGAUGAUCGACGUCGCUGACUUGGAGACUGUUCGAAUUCUGGGUAACCAAGACCAAGCCAACGUCGAUCCAACCGUCGCGGAUAAAGGAUUGAUUUACUUGGACUCCGAAGACGAGGAGGUCAAAACUUCGGAAGGAUUGGCGAAUCACGAAUACCUCAAUCCCGACUGGGAAUCGGAUGGCUCGUUCGAGUCGCGGGAUAAUGACGAUUUGGAGGACGAUGACACGGAUAAUGACGAUUUGGAGGACGAUGACACGGAGGUUGGACUGCGGGGAAAGCGAUCAAUGGAUUGGCACAUGGCGCAACCAUCGAAGGAUUUCGACGAGGGUGCGGUUAAGAUUCGUUGGAGGUGGAACGACGGGACGCCGGAAUCGAAGCCACGCAAAGUGGACGUAUUCGAUGGUCUUAACGCGAAGCAGUCUGACUCUGCCCAAAUCAACGCGCCUCUUGUGCAUUAUCGACGACUCUGCAAGUCCAGAUUCGAGCGUCGUGACAGACACGGCGUCUGCAGAUCAGUCAUCGACUGAUCGCGUUUCAUCACAUUCGUAAAUGUCAAUUUUUAUGGUUCGUUUCACGAUGUGUUUGUCAUACUUUAGAGCCAUAAGCACUUCCUUCAUUAUACAUGUACUUGUGCAAACGAUACGACGAGUGAUAAUUACAUAUACGAUAUCAAUUUACCGACAAGUUGGCGGUUCUUGGGUGUAAUUUUGAUCAUUCCUUUUUUCCCCCACAUCGGACCACCUCGUGUUACUAUGUGCGACGAAAGUUUCGACGAAAAUCUUGAAAUAAGUAGGAAUAAUUGAUUCCAUUUGCAAUUCUUUGGACUCCGACAUAACAUGCAUACAGCUGUAUAAUAAUAAUCUCAGG